AACACCUCCAUAGAGAGCUUUCUUUCACUUUCACAUGGCUGAUAAUGCCCAAGUAGUACCCGUCGAGGAACCAGCCGCAACCGCCACAGCAACCGCAACAACGACUGAACCAGAAGAAGCCAAAAGUUCAGACAAAAUGGAGUCACAGGGUGAUAAUAAGCCACGUGUUGGAACAUUGGUCGCACUUGUGAACAUUUUAGCCGCUGGUGUCCUUCCAAUCUUCACUUUCGUCCUCUCACUUACACUCCUCGGCUACGCAGUGUGGCUCCUUUACAUGCGUAGCUACGACUGCGAAGAUAUUCUCGGUCUGCCACGUGUACAGACGCUAGCUAGCGUCGGUCUCCUCGCGGUGUUCGUUGUCAGCAACGCUGCUUUGUUUUUGCGGCGGAAGUUUCCGAUGCCUGCACUCGUGGUGAUGGUGGUGAUCUUGUUGUUAAUGCUUUUCAUCGGUUUGGCGUAUGCCGGAGUAAAUGAGAUGCAGAGCCGGCGGUUUCCGGCGACUAGGAUGUGGUUCAAGCUCAAAAUCAUGGACGAUGUGAAUUGGAACAAUAUCAAAUCAUGUAUCUAUGAUAAAGGAGCUUGCAACGACCUCAUUUAUGAAUCUCCAAAUGAAAAACCUUACAAUAGAAGAAAUAUGCCACCAAUCAAGAAUGGAUGUUGUAUGCCACCAGAGACAUGUAACAUGGAUGCGAUAAACGCAACUUUUUGGUAUAGAAGAAAAGACGAAGGACCACCGUCGUCUAUGACCCUAAUGUACGGUGAUGAGAUGAUGGUGGGAAGGAUAAGCGACUGUCAACUAUGGAGGAAUGAUUGGAGCAUUUUGUGCUAUGAUUGUAGAUCUUGCAAAUUCGGAUUCGUAAGAUCGGUAAGGAGGAAAUGGUGGCAGCUUGGUAUCUUUUUGAUCGUCAUUUCCAUUCUUCUUCUCAUCUCUCAUCUCUUGAUCUUCAUGGCCACUUUUUGGGAACGAUUCAAGGGUUAGUCAGAUCAUGAGGGUCAUUUCUAAUUAGGUAAAAUAAUCUCUUUCUUCUGCAUUUGUUUUAGAACCUUAACCGGAUGUUUCUUUGAGCAAAUCUUUAGCUCCUCUUCCUCUGUCUCUUUUGUUAUUGUGGGAUUUUGGUUGGUUUAAUGUAGAGAAUGUGUUUGUAAUAAAGUAUAAACACUUGGUUUGAUU